AUGAUAUUAAUCUCCAAAGCAUUUAUAUUUUUGUUACCAAUGAUGGUGAUGUUGUCAAGUACAACUUACUCACACAUACAAAAUUCUCCACAAAUUAUCAAAUCAGCAAUAUAUUGGUCAAAAAAGUUUGAAGUGGGCCCUGGGGAUGUUAUAGCUACAAAUAUAUUCGAUAUUGAAUUUCCAAAUGGUCAUAUUGGAGUCAAGAGCUUUGAUGUUGAUCUAGUUGAUGAACAAGGGAAUUCGGUUCCCUUGUAUGAAACAUACAUCCAUCAUUGGUUUGCUGUUAAAUUUCAUGUAAGUAAGGAUAAGAAUAAAUCACACAAUUAUACUGAUCAUACCAAACCUUUUGAGGAUCCCAUUUUCUUAAGAAACGAUGGAGCUUGCAAUGGCGGUAUACUUCCACAUAUAUGGGGUUUGGGAAGUGAAACACGAGGAACAAGUUCAAAACUUCCAGAUCCUUUUGCCGUUGAACUUGGAAACCCUGCCAAUAUUACAAAGGGUUGGGAAGAGAAAUGGUUAUUUAAUAUCAUGGUCAUUGAUACACGUGGAACAGAAAAUAGAAAAAGUUGUAGUGAAUGUAGGUGUGACCAAUUUAAUCUCCCAGAGAAUUUUUAUAACACGACAUAUGACAUCCAUGGAAAGCCAUUGUCCUCCAAAUAUAUAGGAGGAGUAUUUUGUUGUAAAAACAACUUCCAAUGCAGAUUGAAAAAAGGAUUUCAAGCACCAAGGCGAAAGCUUGCUUUAAAAUACAAAAUAACAUGGGUUGACUGGGACAAACAUCAAAUUCCUGUUAAAUUUUAUAUAUUAGAUUCCACUGACCGAGUCAUCAUAAAUGGUUCUGAAACAAUCCAUGAUUGUCUGACUGAGUAUACUAUUCCAGAAAAUAAAAGCAGUGACCUUGUCCAUGUUCAGAAAGCAAGCAUCCCUAUGAAAAAAGGUGGUUAUCUUAUAUACGGCACUGCUCAUGCACAUACUGGUGUUGUUAAUGCGACACUAUAUGGACAGGAUGGAAGGACAUUAUGUACAUCAACACCAAGAUACGGAACGGGAAAUGAAGCAGGAAAUGAGGAAGGAUACGCUGUUGGAAUGUCUGUAUGUUAUCCAAAACCAGGUUCAAUCAAGAUUAAUGAUGGGGAAAUUGUGACAAUGGAAUCCAGAUAUAAAAAUGAAUUUCUCACUGGAGCUAUGGGGCAUAUGUACUUCUAUUUGGCUGAUCGACUACCACACACAACAUAG